CAUGGCGGGACCUAAGCGUACGACGAAGGAGAAUUUGCCACAUAAAUCCAGAGAGGCAGACAACGCUGAGCCGGCAGCCAAGAGAAGAAAACUUGGCACGCAAACCUCAGGGUCACAAUCACUUCCUACCCAAUCAUCGUUCGCCGAUGUUCUGCAAAAGUUGAAGGAGGAGAGCGCCGACGGGGCUGAGGCAGAAGGUGGUGCAGGCCUGUGGUCGCGCCCUGAGCUACCCGCAAUCGACGAGAAGAAGGACAGUAUUGUCUUCCAGCAAAUUGAUGUUGAAGAGUCGGUGGACGCUUCUUCAGGACAAGUUACCAUUCGUAUGUUUGGUGUGACUGAGGCUGGACAUAGCGUUCUCAUGCAUGUCACACAAUUCUCUCCAUAUUUCUACAUUCCUGUCCCGCGAGGCUUCACAAACGAAGAUGUCAAUGCCUUCAGAGACCACCUCGACGCUUCUGCGGGAGGUGUGCGUGCAGUUGAGCUCGUGCAAAAGCGGAGUCUAUGGGGUUACAAGGGAGACGACCUCGUGAUGUUCGCGAAAAUCACUGUGACCGAUCCAAAAGCGUUACCCAGGGUUAGAGGCGUCUUCGAAAGGGGGGAGUGUUCGUUCCGUGAUUUGUUCAAGGGCAUUGUUAGCACAUACGAGAGCAAUAUAGCUUACACGCUGCGCUUCAUGAUUGACACCAAAGUCGUGGGUAUGAACUGGAUCGAGGUGCCCGCCGGCAAGUACAUGAUAAACAAAGGCAAGAGUAAGAAGUCGCAGUGCCAGAUUGAAAUGACUGUCAGGUGGAACGAUUUCAUCUCUCAUCCGCCUGACGGGCAGUGGUCCAAGCUGGCUCCUCUCCGAGUACUCAGCUUCGAUAUUGAGUGUGCGGGUCGAAAGGGUAUAUUCCCCGAGGCUAACGUCGAUCCUGUCAUCCAGAUUGCCAAUAUGGUAACUCGACAAGGAGAAUCGAAACCCUUCAUUCGCAAUAUCUUCACGUUGAACACUUGCUCCCACAUCGUCGGGUCCCAAGUAUUGUCGUUCGACGACGAGAGGGAGAUGUUGCAAGCUUGGUGCAACUUCAUCAACGAGGCAGACCCUGAUGUUGUUAUUGGGUAUAACAUAUCCAAUUUCGAUCUGCCAUAUUUGCUAGAUCGUGCAAAGGCCCUCAAGGUGGAUGAUUUCCCGUACUUUGGGAGGAUCAAAGGUAACAAGACCCAAGUCAAGGACACGCACUUCUCGUCGAAAGCCUUUGGUCAGCGUGACUCAAAGGAGACUACCAUGGAUGGAAGACUGCAGCUCGAUCUUCUGCAGUAUAUGCAGCGGGAGCACAAACUUCGGAGCUAUACGCUGAACUCCGUCUGUGCUCAGUUCCUUGGCGAACAGAAGGAGGAUGUCCACCACUCCGUCAUCACGGAACUUCAGAAUGGUACUUCUGAAUCACGUCGACGUUUGGCGGUGUACUGUUUGAAGGAUGCGUACCUGCCGCAAAGACUUAUGGACAAGCUGAUGUGUUUUGUCAACUACACUGAGAUGGCUCGUGUGACGGGCGUGCCUUUCAACUACCUUCUCUCGCGUGGUCAAUCUAUCAAGGUGCUGUCGCAGCUUUUCCGGAAAGCUAAUGACGAAGGAUACGUCGUUCCUUCUCUGAAGGGCGAAGGAUCGGACGAGCAGUAUGAAGGUGCUACUGUCAUCGAGCCCAAGAAAGGUUACUACGACGCGCCGAUUGCGACGCUAGAUUUCAGCUCUCUGUACCCGUCCAUCAUGAUGGCCCACAACCUCUGCUACACAACGUUGCUGGAUAAGAAUACCAUCGACCGCCUCAACCUCCAGAAGGACAUCGACUACAUCCAGACGCCCAAUAACGACUUCUUUAUCAAGUCGCACAAACGGAAGGGACUUUUGCCCACCGUUCUCGAGGACCUGAUCGGAGCUCGUAAGAGGGCGAAGGCAGACUUAAAGAACGAGACUGAUCCUUUCAAACGCGCCGUUCUUGACGGUCGGCAGCUCGCUUUGAAGGUCAGUGCAAACUCCGUGUAUGGUUUUACAGGAGCAACCAUCGGAAAGCUGCCUUGCCUGCCCAUCUCAUCGAGCGUCACCUCCUACGGUCGUCAGAUGAUUGAGAAGACGAAGUCGGAAGUGGAAGCAGAAUACUGUGUCGCCAAUGGCCACUCGCACGACGCAAAAGUCAUCUAUGGUGAUACAGAUUCCGUCAUGGUGAAGUUCGGUCCUCCAGAUCUCGAGAAGGUUAUGCAACUAGGCAGUGAAGCGGCCGAGUUCGUCACACAGAAAUUCGUCAAGCCGAUCAAGCUCGAGUUCGAGAAGGUUUAUUUCCCGUACUUGCUCAUCAGCAAGAAACGAUAUGCCGGUCUGUACUGGACGAGGCCGGAUAAGUACGACAAGAUGGACUCGAAGGGCAUUGAGACUGUUCGUCGGGAUAACUGUCGGCUGGUAUCCACCGUCAUCGAGACUUGCCUGCACAAAAUGUUGAUCGAUCGGGACGUGAAGGGUGCUGAGGACUACACCAAACAGGUCAUCUCUGACCUUCUGCAAAACAAGGUCGACAUGUCGCAGCUCGUCAUCACCAAAGCGUUGGCCAAAGCAGACUAUGCAGCAAAGCAAGCCCAUGUAGAGUUGGCAGAAAGGAUGAAGCAGCGUGAUGCUGGAUCUGCUCCUGCUUUGGGUGAUCGUGUGGCGUAUGUCAUUGUGAAGGGCAUCAAAGGUGCUGCUGCGUAUGAGAAGUCGGAAGACCCGAUAUACGUCCUCGAGAACAGCAUUCCAAUUGACACCAAAUAUUACCUCGAGAACCAGCUUUCGAAGCCCCUCAUGCGUAUCUUUGAACCUAUUCUUGGUGACAAGGCUUCAUCGCUGUUGUCGGGUGACCAUACACGGACGAUUCAGAUCGCUACACCAACGGUAGGCGGACUGAUGAAGUUCGCCGUCAAGACUAUGACUUGUUUGGGCUGUAAGACUGCUCUACGACCGAACAACAGCGUGAAAGGCGGUGCCGUCUGCAACAACUGCCGACCCCGGCUAGGGGAGCUAUAUCAGAAACAAGUCUCUACCACAUCUGCUAUGCAAGUUAGCUUCUCCCGUCUUUGGACUCAAUGCCAACGGUGUCAAGGAUCAUUGCAUCAGGACGUCUUAUGCAGCAGUAAAGACUGUCCGAUUUUCUACAUGCGGAAAAAGGCACAAAAGGAUGUUGAAGACGCCGGCGGAGUACUAGAGAGGUUUGACAAUGAAGUGUGGUGAGGUGAUACGUUCCGGUGUGAAAGAGGCGUUAUGCUGUGUUUGUGUCCAUGGUUUGGGAGAGUUUGUUUUCACCCUGUAUUAGUAGCAAGGUUUUGUAUAGCAUCGCAUAGUUUGAUUCUCUGUCUCCUAGAAUCGGUACCUUCAUAAAAUACACCUCCAAUCAG